AUGAUUGGGCAAUUCGGUUUAGUUCAACUAUUCCAAGAAAUCAAUAAUGGGUAUAUAGAGAAUAUAUCAAUAAAUUUACAAGAUAAAGGUUAUAAUAUUGCUGCUCUUCAGAAUGAAUUGCAAAGAAAUGGGAAUCCCAUGCAGAAUGAUGAAAUAGAAGAGUUGGUGGAAAAACAAAUUGGCGGAGUUUUCAUGAAUCCUCGUCGCUGGACUAGAUUUAAUAUUAUGAUUGUAUCAUAUUUGCAAUAUUGUCGAGACGUAAAUCCAUGGUCAUUAUAUGAGAGUAGCGAUUUAAUCUUUAAAGUGUACGCAGAUUUGGGAAAUUGUCUAAAUGAUGAUAGUUAUCCUCUAGAGCCCUUAGUUUUCCUGUUUAAAGAUAUGACAGAAUAUAUUGUUCCUAUUGCCAGAAGAUUAGACGAACAUCAUAUUUUGCUUGAUACUAGGCGUUUUCAAUAUCUAUCACAUACAUCAUCUAUCUUGUCCAAACUAUUCAAUAGUAUUAAACCUACAAGGAAUGUGUCAGAGUAUAAUAAUAAUAAUAAUAAUAAUAAUAAUAAUCAUUUUCUGCCGAAUAAGAUAACACAUAUAAACCAAUUACCUAAAAAACAACAAUUUCUUUUAAAUUUAAUCAAUAAAUUAAAUAACAUCUAUUUUCGUAUCGAAACUCCUCAGUUAUGUUCCAACAUUUUCAAAAAUUUUAAACCUAAAACAAUGAUACCAAAUUUCCAAACGUAUCCAAUACAUGAACAAAUUGAAUUUCGUUAUUUGUUAGGUAGAUAUUACCUGCUGAACAAUCGUAUAACUAAUGCAUUCCAUCAAUUAAAUGAAGCCUAUUAUUUGUUUUCUCUUAUCAAUAUUACCACUAUUCAAGAAAAGAAUAAUUUAGAACGAUUAUUAAAAUAUUUAAUCCCUACAGGUAUGAUGAUGGAUAAAAUACCAAAAUUCCAACAAACAUUACAAAAUAUCAAUCCCAAAUUAAGUUUUAUGUACCAACAAUUACGUCAGUAUAUUCGUAGUGGAAGUAUUAAAGGUGUUAUGGAUUGGUUGAAGGCCAAUGAAGAACAACUAAGACGUAAAAAAUUAUUAAUUGUCAUGCUUGAAAAAUUACCCAUGAUUACAUAUCGAUAUCUAAUUAGAAUGCUUAUAAAAGAUUAUUGUAUUCCCGUUGGAAGUAACAAACUUCAUUUUGAUCUAAUUGAAGUAGCAUUACGGAAAUCAAUCGAAGAUGCUAGUAAUGAUAUUUCUGAUAGCAAUAUUAGUAUAUAUAAUGGUAUUCAUAGAUCAAAAAAUGUGGAAAAUAUUCUAGUAACAUUAAUCAAUCUGGGAUUCCUAAAAGGUAACUGUUAUCCCAAUUUGAAUGUCUGUGUAUUUAGGAAGGCUACUGAUGUUGAUUCUAUAAUGCCAAGUAUUUAUGAAAGACAUAUACAGAUAUUUGAACUGAACCCUGAUGAUUCUUGGCUAGAUCGAGUGUAA